AUGCAGGAACCCGGACAUGGCCUCGUUAAAACAAGAGGGGAGACCACCCAUACGAGAUGGUGGGGGUGUGUUUUGAGCUGCCUGCUGCUCGCUUGUGUGUACGUUGGCAGUCUGUACGUCUGGAGAAGCAGCUUACCCAGGUACUCAACUCAGCUGCACACCUUAGACAGAUCUGUGAGACUGUUAUAUUGAACUGUGGGUGUUUUUGUGUCCAUGUGUUUGUGUGUGUGAGUGUAGAGACCACCCCAGUGUGAUAAAGCGUCGCUGUGUUAGUGUGCUGCUGGUCUCUGCUCUGUCACCUGCUGUGGUGAAGACAUGGAUGUACUGGGCUGAUGUCAGGGUGAGUAUAUAUGAACACAUAAGGCCUGAAUCUGAAGCUGCCAUGCUAGGUUGACUGCAAAAAAACAGAAACGCUGAAUUAAUGAUUAGUUUUGUUCCAAAUCAAGGCAAGUUUGAUACUUUUUCUGACUUUUAACAUGCAAAAGUGUGUUCAUUAUUGCUCCCCAAGGAGCUGAAACACAAACCCAAACAAUAAAAAAGGAUAUUACACCAUAUUAUGGAUAUGUUUCAUCAUCUGCUGUCUGUUCAAGGUGAUAAAAAACAUUUAGGAAUGACUUGAGCUGACCGAAACUUUUUCCAAAAAGUCUGUAAAGGAGAGUUUUAUAUUUCAAGAUUUGUUUAUUUGUCAUGUGCAUGUUAAACGAGCUCAACAAUACAAUGAAAUGCCCCGGAUGAGAGGGCCGCUCGACUCAAAGGAGUACAGAUAAAAACACACAAAAAGUACUGAGAGGAAUACAAUAAAAUAAGGAAUGCAAAAAAAAAAUUAUUAAAGACGAAUAAAAGUGUAAGAGAAAUAUUUACAAAGUGCAAUGUUUACAAAGAAACAAACCCACACUCUGAUGAGCUUUCUAUAAAUGUAACCACUGUGUAUUGUGAACAUCCAUACCAUUGGAGGUCAAAGGUCAGAGUUACAUAAGCUAAAAAGGGACUCAGUGCCUUUUUCAAGGACACUUCACCCCGACCGUCCAGGUGAAGGACGGUUGACCUGACUGCCGGAGUUCAUGUAAGUCAUAAAUUAGGCGUUUUGUGAGGUUAAGUCUGGGGUCUCAUCAGAUUAACUUUUAAUCACUUUAGUCACAUUUUGUCCUCGCAGGUUGAUGUGUCUGUGUGGGAGUUGAUGGGGGUUCGUUUGGAGGGUCUGGUCCCUGCAGCAAUUCUGCCGCUACUGCUCACCAUGGUAAGAGAGAGAGUCCCAACACAGUGGGCAAUACCUCUGAUGUUAAAAAAUACAAGAACUUACAGUUAAAGUCAACUUGAUGAAAAAAAGAAGUCACAACUGAAGUUAACGAUGCAAAAAAGGUGGCGAUGGAAAAGAAAAAGUUACUUACCAGCAGCUCACUUCCAUUGUGGCUUUUUUUAUUUGCAUCUUUUUAUUUUUGCAGUAAGUAACUUUCUUUUAUUUUCAUCAACACUUUUUUUUUGCAUCAUUAACUUCUGUUGUAUUUUUUUUUUGUUUUUUUAUCUGCACCGUUUCUUUUUUUUUAUUUGCAGCGAGCUUUGUUUUUUUUUUAUUUGCAUCGGUAACUUCCAUAGUGGUUUCUUUUUUUUUUUGCAUUCUUUUUUAUCUGCAGCAGUGGCAGUUCUCAGCCACCGAAGUGGUCCUAAUACUUCGUCGUACUUUAAAGACUGUUAAACUUAUAAUGAACCUCAUCAGGUUGGGUCAUCUUCAUAAAAAAUCAAUAGAAAAGGAGAUACAGAAGACUUUAUUUUCUAUCUUUAAGGUCUAGUUGAGGGUCUUAUUUUCCUCUUUGACCACUUUAGUCCAUCAUAUGACUGCAGUUUACUUACAUUCACAGACACUCCAUAAGCAUGCUCAGAUCAUACAGUAAAAAUGUUCCUGUUAAAGUGUUUACAUCCCCCUCUUCUCUGUGUUUUUAUGUUCUCCCCUCAGGUGUACUAAACAUUCAUUUUUCUCUCCACAUCAGGUGUUUUAUCUGGGUCCUCUGGUUCACUCUGCAAUAGACAACCCCAAAGGUUUCACAGGAGAACUGCAGUCUGCAUUCAGUGAGUUCGGGUUAAAAAGAGGGGGUCACAGUUGGGGGGCGGGUUAAAUGACUGCUUGUAAGCAUUUGAUGAUGUGUAUGUUGUCGUAAAAUCUUGACUUUUAUGGUCCCAGAUGUUCAGUCCUGGAGGCUGUGUGUGGGAGAUGCAGUGUGGCUGAGGAACCAGGUGGUGGCACCAGUGACGGAGGAGAUGGUGUUCAGAGGAGCCAUGCUGCCCAUGCUGGUGCCCUGCACAGGACCCACAGCUGCCAUCUUUGCCGCUCCCCUCUUCUUUGGUGUUGGUACGGCAAACACCCUUUCAGUCCUUCACAUUAAACCAUCAGGAUUCGAUGGUUCAGCUCAGACUUCCCAUGCUCAGUGGUUGAAGUCCUGGUUUCGGUGCAUGUUUUCCCCACUCUCUCCCCAGACUAAAACCCCUCAAAAUAUGUUUUUUUUUAAUUUUGUUUAUUUAUUUUUUUAUUGUUAUUAUUAUAUUAAGUGAUGCAAAACAGAACAUGACAGGUGAGGGACAUCAAACUAAGAAACAGAUGGUAUGUAUGCCUAUAUAUGAGUGCUUGUUUUGAGGAGUUAUAUGAAACAUAACAUUUUUAAAUAAUAAUACUAACUAAUAAAAGUGAAAAGAAUAAUGCAACAGAACAAAGGGGCAAAGCAAAAACUCAAUAAAUGAAAUUAAGAAAAGAAAAUGAAUAUAUAUACAUAUAUACAAAUAUGCACACAUAUAGAUAUAACUCUUUUUUUAUUAUUUCACUAACCCCCCAAAAUAUCUUUAAAAAACAAACAUUAGGACCCCAAAAACUUCUCUUUUUUUUUUUUAUAACAAUGACUUUUUCUCUUCAAGUGUUGUACUUUUGGUUGUCGACAUACUUCAUUGCUCAUUUUCUUGAUUCAUUCCAGCUCAUUUCCAUCACAUCAUAGAGCAACGGCGCCUCCACAAGGACAGCAUGAGAGUCAUCCUCUUGGUUUCAGGUCAGUCAGCAGUUAAAACUUCCCCGAAGCUGUUUAAUUUAGAGCCAGAAGUAAUCUAUGUCUAUUACCUGAGAUCAAAGCUGGUGUAAGAUCCAUAAUAACUUUGCAGGAUCACAUUAACCCUCGGUUCCUACCAUGUCCAUUUUUAGGACAUUUAGGACAUUUCUUUUUUUAAUGGUCAGGGCUGAAGUUGUUUAAAAGAUAUGAGUCAAAAAAAGGGGAAGAAUGAACAUGAACACUUAUCUGUAUGUCCAUUUCCUGUUAAACUCAACAGGAACUGAGGGUUAAGAAUAAAGGGACAUGUAAGUUUAGAUAUUGAUUGGUUUGUGUUGUUGUGUUGCAGGGAUGCAGUUCUUAUACACAACUGUGUUCGGCGCCUUCACUGCCUUCAUUUUCAUGAGAACUGGUAGGAAAACAACUCAUUGAGUUUUCCAACACUGAAACCAAACACCUCAUUGAGACUGUGCCCCUCUCUACAGGUCAUGUUGUGGGUCCGGUUUUGUGCCAUUCAUUCUGCAACAGUCAAGGUCUGCCUGAUAUCGGCUCUGCACUGCAACAUCCACAAAAAUCAGCUCUCCUGUUUUCAUAUAUGAUGGGUUUGCUGCUGUUUCUCGUGCUUCUCUUCCCGCUGACAGACCCCUUCUUCUACGGUGCCAUUCCCAUCUGCAGCCUGGCUCCCCCUCCAGCCUUUGUGUGCCAGAUUCAGUGA